UUAUUUUACCUGCUUCCGCGUUUUCUCUGAGCCUGGACCGUCCGGCGCGGGUUCUACUCAGGAGAAGCCGACCCAUCCCGCCUCGCCAGGAACCCGCGAUGCCCGCCCCGCAGUGCGCCUCCUGCCACAAAGCGCGAGCCGCCCUCCGCCGUCCGCGCUCGGGCCAGGCGCUGUGCGCCACCUGCUUCUGCGCCACCUUCGAGGCCGAGGUGCUGCACACGGUGGUCGCGGGCCGCCUGCUGCCGCCCGGCGCCGUGGUGGCCGUGGGCGCCUCGGGCGGCAAGGACUCCACUGUGCUGGCGCACGUGCUGCGCGAGCUGGCCCCGCGCCUGGGCAUCUCGCUGCACCUCGUGGCCGUGGACGAGGGCAUCGGCGGCUACCGGGACGCGGCGCUGGCGGCCGUGCGGCGGCAAGCAGCACGCUGGGAGCUCCCGCUCACCGUCGUGGCCUACGCAGAGCUCUUCGGGGGCUGGACGAUGGACGCCGUGGCCCGCAGCACGGCCGGCUCCGGCCGCAGCCGCUCCUGUUGCACCUUCUGUGGGGUGCUGCGACGCCGGGCGCUAGAGGAAGGGGCGCGCCGCGUGGAAGCCACGCACGUCGUGACGGGACACAACGCCGACGACAUGGCGGAGACGGUGCUCAUGAACUUCCUGCGGGGCGACGCGGGCCGGCUGGCGCGGGGCGGGGGCCUGGGCUCUCCGGGCGAGGGGGGCUCCCUGCCGCGCUGCCGCCCGCUGCAGCUGGCCUCGCAGAAGGAGGUGGUGCUGUACGCGCACUUCCGCCGCCUGGACUACUUCUCCGAGGAGUGCGUGUACGCGCCCGAGGCCUUCCGCGGCCACGCGCGCGACCUGCUCAAGCUUCUGGAGGCGGCGCGGCCGUCGGCGGUGCUGGACCUCGUGCACUCGGCCGAGCGCCUGGCGCUGGCCCCGGCCGCGCGGCCCCCGCCCCCCGGCGCCUGCUCCCGCUGCGGGGCGCUGGCCAGCCGCGCGCUGUGCCAGGCCUGCGCCCUCCUGGACGGCCUGAACCGCGGCCGGCCCCGCCUGGCCAUCGGCAAGGGCCGCCGGGGGCUGGACGAGGAGGGGCCGCCGGGUCUCCGCGGGAGCCACAGCCGUCCGGACCCCCGACUUCGGAGCCCAUCCCCGGCUUCUAGAGACUCCAGUUCUCCCCUGGGAUCCGACGACGUGGGAGUGCGGGGCCGCCUGUAAAUGACCCUGUGAAGGAACCCGAGUUACCUUAGCCCGGGCUUCGGCGUGAGAUUGGGAAGGGGUCGGAACCCCUUACCUGUGGUCCUGCUCUGUGGGGCUCUGGGCGUGCUCAGAUAGUCCUAACCCUUCUUGAGCGCCUCCUGUGUGCCUGAUGUUUCAUGUUUGCCUGCAGUGGGAUAAGCAAAACCAUGUAACUUGAUGGGCACGUCAGUUACAGCGAUCGUGAUGCUUCUGUGUGAGCGCUGUACACAGGGCAGGAGCUGGAUCAUCUCAUUUCAUCCGCACCACGAUCUCGUGGGCUGUAGCCUCGUUACCGAGUCCAAGCUCGCUGUGCUCCCUGCACCACAGGCCAAUAACUCGGAGAGGAAGUGUUGAGGCAAGGAAGACGACUUUAUUCAGAGAAGAUGGCAGACUAAAGUCUCAAAAUAAGCAUCUUAUCGGGGUUUGGUUGCCAGUCUCUUUUACAGCACAGAGAGGGCGAGGAGAUGAGGAAGUAAAGUGAAAAGGCCACAAGUUUUGCAGAUAUCACCUGGAAUGGCCAGCCUCGGGGAGGGGAUGUGUUAAUUUCUUCUUUCUUGUAGCCAUCCACAGGUGGACAGGGUCCCGAUGUUUCCCUGAACAAAGGCUCUUUGGUUUAACCUUCAGGCAGAGGGCAGGGUUCCCCCGAGGCAGGCCAUUAUGUAUAGACAGUAUCCUUUCAGUGAACAAAAGCAUCUGAAAGCAAAGGUUAAAGUAAAAGAAACAGAUCCACCAUGGAGUCAGACUUGGCUCUUCCCUGUUACAACCUGAGGCCAACUAGCCUGAGGUCACCUCGCUGGAGCCCCAACUAGGGGUUUACACCGAGAUCUGCCUGGGGCUCCUCGAGACAGUGGGUUUAGUCCUUACCCCCAAUCUCUGUGUGAUGGGUGGGGAGCCGCUGGGUGAGCGCCCCAGACCUCAGAUUCUAGAGGCAAAGCUGGGUGAGCCUGGGUCAGUGACUUAACCUCUCUGGUCUUCCAUUUCCUCCACUGAAAAUGGAAUCAAAGCCUCCUAGCAAAGCACUGUUGUGAGUAUUUGAUAAA